CUCUCUCUCUGCUCCGUCUGGUGAAAACGUGACAGUAAACCCGGUGAUAACCAAACCGUUAUCCUCCUCCGAGCUGCCACCGUGAUACCGUUAGAAGGAUCAGAGGCGGAUUAAGGAGGGGGCAGAGAGAGAGGGGGGGGAGAAAACAUGUCAUUUUGCCUGCAAUAUGAACACAGGCUGAGCUGGGCUAGUUAAUUGGAGCUAAUCCUUGCCCUGGAGGCGUUUUGGGAGCCCUGAGCUUUGUGUGUGAGAGUGAGUGCAGUCAGUGGGAGUGAGGGUGAGUCUGGCUGCAGUUGAGGCUCCUGGCUGGCUGGAGGAUUUUUUGGGGGGGGUAUUUGUUUCUGGAAGACAAGCUGAAGGGGAGCCUUGCUGAGACAGAGGAGAAGGGGGCAGCCUGCUUCCAGUGACUGAGAGAAGAGGGGCAAAUCUGGCCAAGAUCAAGGUGAGAGGGGGGCAGAGGGUGCGGGAGGGGGGGCUGGUUUUGGAAAGUGACUUUAACUAGUCUGGACAGAGAUGGAUGGAAGAUCCUGCUCUCCCCUUUUGUUCCCUUUCCCUGUCCCCCCCUCCUUCCAGUCACUCAGGGGGUGCCGGGGUCAUGGAACUUGGGGGGAGGUGGGUAAAUUGGGGACAGAUCCUGUGUGGGGGGUACUGACUCCCCAUAUCUUGGUCUGGGCUAUAACUGGGUGAAUGCGGUGCUGGGGGUUUGUGUGCGAUAUGAAGGCGAUAUGAGGGAUGUGCUAUGUACUAAUGGUGUAUGCAUGGUAUCAGUGGGCAUUUAACUGUUUGCCAGAGUUUGCCACAUGGAGACCAUGCUAUGUGUGAGGAUCGAUAGAGAGGUAUGGCUUAUUCACUAAACUGUGAGUUUGAAAUACAGUUUUAUAAAAAGCAUAUUUUUCCCCCUAAUUUGGCUAAACCGGUGUAAAUGUUGAAAUUGUAUUUCCAGUUUGCAGUUUGCUCCCAGAGUGUGUAAAGUGAGGCUGGGUUUAAUAAGGCGGCUAGUGGGAGGGUAUGAUGUUUGGAGAGGUCCUUGGUAGGUAGCAGGUUGGUUCCUGGUUUCCUGAUACAAAAGGGACAAGUGUCAGGAAGUAGAGAAUUUGCUCUCCCCUCACCCCAUGCUGCAAGACUUAGCCAAAAGUUUCCAGCUAUUCCCAGCCUGAUACAGUGUGUGCUGUGUGUUCUGUCUGAUAUCUGAAUGACAAUAGCUGUGCAGUGUUAAACAUUCCACUGUCUGUAUCUAGGUAGAAAAGGCAUGUUUGGCUCCUGUCAUUAUCUGUUUAUUGGAUUCAGGUAGGUGCCCCUGCCAUUCUAGGUGGAGGACCCUUGGACUGGGUUUGUAUGAUGGCAGUUAUAACACACUGCCUAUAUGUGCAUAUCUUGCCCCUUUGUCGAGUGCCGGGGGGCAACACAUUUUUAUUUUUUUAAUCUUCAUAAUCCUGUUUGCAAGCUGUGAUGUAAUUUUAAUUUAACCCUUUGGAACCUGUAGGGUCAGACUCCUCCCCUCUGAGUUUAGAGGGUUAAUGUCAUGUCCAAACCUGCCAUCAAUCCCCCAAACUGUUGGCAGCAUGGACCAACCUCCCACCCUAGACACGUAAGGGUUAAACUAAGCUAACCCAUGUGUUAUCACAAAUCUUCCAAACCCCCCUCCCCCCCCCCAAAAAAAGUGACAUAUUUGCAAAGCGGGGACAAUGAACUUGAUUAAGACUUCAAAUCUAUAUCUUUUCCUGGUCCCUUUUUUCGCCAUCUAUUGUUGGUUCCUAGAAUGCCUGCACCUUAGUCACCUUUUACCCGCACUGUCCUCUCCCCCUGCUCUCUGCAUCUGUAAUUCCAUAUUGGUUACUAGGCCCUAGAGCCAUAUGCAGAGGUGGGAAAAGCUUUAUCCUCCCAAAACUUCUUACACUUUUUGAAUUUUUUUUUUUCUGGGAUCUGAAUGUAUCAUCCCCGUCUCUGUGUGUUGUGUUAAACACGUAUUCCUGUAGGCUUUUGUACAAAAAAAAUUAAAAAGAAAGACGAGACAGACACCACCCUUCUGCAGUACCCAGCAACUUUCAACAUUCUUCGCCUUGGGCAAAUCCCCCCAAGCCAAGAAACUGAAUGGAGUUCUCACAAAUGCCUUCUGUUUAUACCUUUUAUGGCUAAAAUAACAGCUCCACAAAGAGGCAACUUCACGGAGAAACGAUUUUUUGAAAUCAUCUCAAGCUGUACUUGUAUAGCUAGUUUAAUCACCCCUAGAGAGCUUAACAACUGUGAACACAAUGGGACACAAAAUCAUUUUGUGUGCAAAUGAGCAUGUGCCAUUCUGAGCGUUUCACUUUACAUGGGCAAAUAGCUUUUACAAGCAACAUUUGUGCAGUUAGUCUACAGAGGCAGGGGGAAGAUAAUCUGGCUUUGAAAGAACUUGAUGUGCCAUUCUGGGAGGGAAAAAAAACAAAACAAAACUCCAUUUUCACAUAAUUUGGGGACCAGGCUGUAUUGGUUUCGCCUGAAGCGGGAUCUGCUGUUUCUAAAUACUUCCUUGUGCUUCAAAUUGGUUUUCCUGAUCUUUGUUUUUUUGUUUUUUUUUCUUAAUGCAAUUAAAGUCUGUGAUUAUUUUACAUAGAAUAAAUUAAUUUAAUUGUGUUUAACCCUGAUAGUGCUGAAAAUCUGCAGCGUUUGGCACAAAGGCAUGCGCGGGGCAGGGUUUUUUCCAGAUGUGUGAAGGUAGAUUAUUUAAUUGGGCAACAGGUCAUCAGGUAGGAGGACUGGCCAAGCUCUGUCUGUAAUUGACAUCUGGGCUAAUAGACUUUAAAGCACUUUACUGACAACAACUUAUAAAGAAAUGCAUUUCAAAUUUAUUUAUUUUUCCUUUUUUUAAAUUUAAGGUGACUUAAAGGUUGAGUAUAGCAGAAAUUCUUCACGCUGCUUUAGCCAUUACUAGUGAGGUAUAAUUUUGGAAUAUUGUGUCCAGUCUAGGAGCAACCGACUUCAAAAGGACAGAGAUCAGCUAGAUAGAAUUCAAAGGAAGGCUAGUAAAAUGGUGAAUGGCCUAGGGCUUCAACGCCUGACUGCUGUAUGCCUUCAAGGGAAAGAUGAGGAAUGAUCGAAACCUUCAAAACAAUAAAGGAUUAAAUUACUUUGAAGAAAGAAGCAUUGUCAAUAAAAAGGGAACAGUACAACAAGCUCAGAUUUGAAACUGCUUGGGUGGAAAACUAGGGGAUAACGUGAGAACAUACUUCCUUACAGAAGGGUAGUGGAUACCUGGAGAUGCCAUCCAGUGGAAAAUAGAAAAACUAACACACUAACUGGUGGAAUGAUAUCUCCUGAAUAAUAAGCCAUACCAGUUAAAUUAGACUAUAUGGGCCCAGUCAGUGCACUGUCUAGGGCAAUAUACAGGGCAACUAGUAUCCCCACUGUAAAAGAAUUGGGACACUUGCUGUGCCCUGGGUUAGGAUUGGAUUGGGAGCCCUGUUCUAGGAUUCUAUGUUCAACAGAUCCGAUUACUGCAGAUUGCAGAAAGAAAUCACUAACUGCAGCUGGGGCCCAAAACUUUCCAUGUGAUCUGUCCCUAUGGGUCUGGAUGCCAGAGGUGCAAGCAACGUGUUGAGCACCCACCCAGCUCUCAAAGGAUUUGGUAGAAGUAGGCUUAAUUUAUAUUUACCUCUUCCACUCUCGGAACGAUGAUAAAAGUCUUUAGUGACAUUUUGAACUCGAGAGGCGAAAAGGAAAUGUAAAAAAAUUGCCAGAAUCCUACGUGGAGAUGUAGUUUACUAAUGUGUUGUUGCUGCAGAUUCUAAUGAAAUGCUAAAAAAAAAAAACAAUGACAGAGAUCAGAAUAUGUUACGAUAUAUUUCAUGCUGUGAUCCCCAAACCAGACUUUACACAAACUGUGUCUGCCUUUACAGGUGCAUGUUGUAAGGGUCUUUGGGAAUUAGCUGAUUUUAGACUUGAAGUUCUACAAAACAGCAAAUUAAACUCUAAAACGGGCUCCGUGUGUUGUGUGUAUGGACAAUAUAUAUAAUGUGUGUGGCAUCCUUUAAUCAUUGUGUACAGUGUAUAUAGCUGGUGGCAUGUCUUGGGCUUUAGCAAUGCUGAGAGAGAGCAUAGCCUGUGCAUCGAAUAGGUGGUGGGAUUCCUUGGGCUGUAAAUACUUGUAAUAUAUAGUUGCGUGCAAUUCUUUUGGCUGUAUUUUCUACCUGCUUUUAGGGAACACUGAGCCAUAUAAAUGUGAAUUGGACAAUAUAUACACAUACACAAGUUUGCUGUGUAUACAGGAUCUCUGUAUAUCUAGCGUGUUUCCAUUGAUAGUAUACAGGUGUGUGCAGGACAGUAUAGGUGCAUAUACAUAUAACACGAUUAUAGUUAGUGUAAAAGUAUGUUGAUAACCUGUAUAUCUAUUUAUAAUCUAUAUACACACACUAUAUUAUGUAGCUAUAUUUGGUAUUUAUAGAAUUUUGGAAACCGUGUCCUCUUUUAUGACCUGUGAAAUGCCAGGAGGGUGGGAGGGGGGUGUCCAUAAACCUGGAAUUAGUUGAAAUGAACAGAGGAAAUUUGGAAUAAUAGCCAAGGUGGAAUCAAUUUUGCAUUUGAGAAUAUUCCAUUAUGACCAAUUUGGCCUAAACUUUUACAUUUCUCCACAGUUCCCAGUUUAGUGCAUAACCUCCAAGUAUGUUCCCUGAGAGGCAGGCCGGAUAAUGGGCAUCUACCACCCAUCCCGUCCGGUGAUGUACACCUACCAGCAGGUGGAAUGUCACCUCCGGGACUUACCUUGCAUAUUAAGACCAGUUUCCUAUGGUAAACAGUCACUGACACUUGAAUUUUCCAAUAACGAACCUAUAGGAAACGUAAAAUAUCUCCUGCUAUCUAAAGUAACAAACUAAACCGCUUCUAUUUUGUUCCGGACAAGUCUCGUUAUUAUUAGGCUAUUCUCUUCUGAACACUGCUCCAGGUCUUUUUACUGGUCAGAGAAUGUUGGCCAAGUUCUGCUUGGUUUUCUAAACAGUGUAAUGUGUUGUAACAAUGCUAGCGGUUUUUACUAAAGAAUGACUUGUGAUUUUACAACUGCUUUAAAACCAGCAGAACUUCAUCUUAAUUCAAAGUUUAGUUUGUUUGUUUUUAUUGCAAGUUGAUUAUUUUCGCCUAUAUUUUGAAAACCAUUGCCAACAAUUCACAGCUCCCCAUUUAGUGAAUGAAGCCUUUAAUGUCGCUGAGUUGUGUAUUUAAGCUGUUGAUGGAGAUCUUAUUGAAGCUUUUAUGGGAUGUUAAUAAUAAUAUCUGGCCAUUUAAAUCUAAUUAAACUGAGACUAGCUAAUAAUAUCUAUACAGAACAUCAUAAUAACAUGAGACCUAUUUGAUGCACUGAGUCCAGUUUGGGACAGGGAAAGAGGUCUAUUCACGUAUCUGGAAAUAAUGGAGAACUGAUAAUCGAAUUGCAAAGUUUGGAUUAAAACAGCCAGCUUGUUAAAAUUCAAACACAGAAAUUUGCUGUACGCUCAAACUCCUAGUGCUGCUAUAGUAGCAUCAGCCCAAAUGUAUAAAAAAAACAAAAUGUAACAAGUUACCCCGCACAUUAUCCCAAACCCCUAUGUCCAUUUCAAAAGCAGAGGUUACCUCUGCACCGAGCAAUAAUGUGUAAGAUCACCUACCAAUGUCAGGGCAAGCCUCGUAGGUAAGUCCUACACUAACCGUUCACCUUAAUGCUUUAAUUGGAAAAAUACUCUAAGAACGUAAGGUAGUUUUUAAUCUCUGAUAUUUUUACCUUCAUUUUGCAGUUUUAGUUUUUUGUUUUUUUUAAGUUCCACAAUUCCCAGUUGUUAAUAGACCCAAGAACCUUCUUUUCAAGCAAUAUCAUGACUAGUAUUGACAGCACAUAGAACACGAGAGUCCAAUUUAUGCAAAAAUAUUUAAAUUCUCUUUCAGUGGUCAGAUUGGUAAUUGCAUUAUAUUAUAGCUGAUUUCAAUACGCCUCAAGUGAAUCGAUAAUUUGGGAAGAGAUUUCAAUGUGAAACGAUUUAUUGGUAGUAGAUUUCUAAAAUCGUCGGAAAGACGAGGUUAAAAGACAAAACCGUUAUUUGUAUCUGUUUUUUUUUUUUUUUUUUUCUCCCCUCUCUCCACUUGUUUUAGUGGGAGGGUAUUUUAUUUUUGCAGGUGAGCGAAGACAUCAGAGACAUGUUACUGUAAAUGGAUUGAUGUGAAAUUUACGUGGUGUAUAAACUAAAUGCCUCAGGUAUUGAGGAAGUCACUAAUUUAGAGGUGUCUCGUUAUUGAGACAAACUUGCAAAAGCCCCUGAAUCCCAAUUCACAAAUUGGUUAUUCGUUUGUCAGGGGGAUAUUUCACAUCUAACACAUAAGCCCACGACCUUUAAUUAGAAUUUUGCAGUUUGUUCUAUGCCCCUUGAGGCUGACACCUUGAAAAAAAAUGCUCCUGAUUUCUUAUUGCUAAUAAGCAAAUUCCUCCUACCCUCUGGUAUUUUGAAGAGAAUGAUGCAAAUAAUCUUAAUUGCAGCACUGGCAAUAAUUUGUUAGCUGAAUAUAUGAUCAGGCAGAUGCAGAAACGAUCUGAUGAGACCUAUGAUCAUAUCAGCAUCGGAUCGUUUGUGGUCACAGGGAAGGAACGCUCAUCUUUUUCUCUUUCACUUCCAGGAGGGAAGCAGCAUGUCCCGUCUGUCGUUAACCCGCUCUCCGGUCUCUCCUCUGGCUUCCCAAGGAAUACCACUCCCAGCACAGCUCACGAAGUCUAACGCACCUGUGCAUAUUGAUGUAGGAGGGCACAUGUACACAAGCAGCCUGGCAACUCUAACUAAAUACCCAGACUCCAGGUAAGAAGACACCACCUCUAUGUACCAGGUUAAUUAGUGAUACAAUUAGCUGCUAGAAAUUCAAAAUAUAAACAGCUCAGUCGUAAGAAUUCUUCGCUUUAUUUUCUAAAAUUGUAUUUCAGAAAAAUUAUAACUCGUGUGUGUUUUGGGAUGAAUUUAAAAUUUGAUAUAUUUUUAUUAUCCAGUAGAAUUCAAUGAUAACGUAAACUAAAGGACCACUUGGCGUAAAGUGCGCCUGGCGUACCAAGUUUUCUAUCAUGUGUAAUUUUGUUACACCUUUUAUUUCGGCUUUAAAGUGUCCCUGAACGAGCGUAGAAAUCUUUAGUUAACCAUUAAUUUUCCUACCUGCGAGUCUGAUUUUGGUAAAUGAAAAAGUGACUGAUCACCACUAACCUGGCGCAGUCUUUUUAAACAGUUUGCUGAAAGAUGAUGUCAUCUGAUGAUGGGUAGAUUAUUUUUGCUUGUUUUUCUUUAACGUUUAGUCUACUAAAAACAAUGAACUGGUUGUAGAUGAAAGUGGUUGUGAUUUUGUUUGUUUGCUUAAUUUCAUGCUUUGAGAAUACGUAGAGUUUUAGUUACUAAACAGUGAGGGGUUAAAUCACUAUAAACACUGAUUUGCAGAGAAAUGAAAUCUGAAUGAAAAAAAAUAUAGGGCACAGAGAUGACAGCUUCAAUAUAGUCACAAUUCUGGUUAUUGUAGCGUAUGUUUUGUGAUUCGGAUGUAAUACAGUUCGGUGUUUAGUGAAUAGACCCCUGAGAUGACUUAAGAAACAGCUUGCAAAGUUUAGACCAGAAUUCAAUCUAUACCUCUGAAUUAUAAAUGCUAUCAAACUCUACCAUUACAGCCUAAAGAAUAACCUAAGGUGGUUCUCAGCCAAGCUAGCUGUUAUAUAAAUAUACCAAGUAUGUUAUAUUUACUAAAUGUUUUUAUUUAAUGUGCUUAAUGAAAACAGCUGUAGCGUGUUAACACAGAAUUUCCAAGGUUCUGUUUAUUUUUAAAAGCAGCAUUAACACCCCCUAAUGGGAAGGGAGAUGUAUUUUCUGCAUUUAUUUACAGUGUAUACGGACAGACAGCGUGCCCACUUUUUUUCGGUACACUUCUGAUUUCUACACUGUGUUGGGGAAAGCUUGAGAGAGCUACUGGGAGUUUAGAGAAUUCAUAUCACCCGGUGUGAAAUCAUUUUACUAAUCACAGCCGCUCGUCUUGGAUCCCAGCAGUGAUUAACAAAUUGAUUUCACACUGGCAGUGUAUGAAUUCUGCAUUGUGCUGGGCAGAUUGCUCAAGUCCUGCCUGACUUAAUGAAGAAUGUUUAAGGGGUUUUUGUUCACCAAACAUCAAACUGUGGCAGCAUUGUAGCAUUUUGGCACAAAUAGGUAAGCAGUGACAAUAGCAGAGUUGGAGAAUUGAUCCAAAUUCAGUAUUUUAACAUACCGUUUGUAAUUCAAUUUCCAGUUUUUACAAUUUGGUGCUUAGUGGACACAAUGCAAAGCUUGCUCUUCCAAAGAAAAAAAGCAAACUGACAACCUAUUGAGAAUCUACCUGGCUGUUAGCCUAGCUGUGGAUGUGCACCCAGCCCCAUCUGAUAGAGAAUUGGCUGCUAGUUUAAAUACUCCAUGUGCUUUUUACAUUAACUGUGCAUCCAUUAACCUUUUGAGUGCUGAGGGUGUGCUCCUUAACCAUCCACUGAUGGUUUGGUGACUUAUCCAAGUUUUUAAUUAGCGUUCUCUUGUAUUAUGGCAACAUGGAGUGUAAAAUGACUUCACUGUGUCCCCCCCCCCUUUUGACACGCCUAUACACACACACACAUUAUAAAAGCAGACGGAACGCAAGAAGCUGUAAUUGGCUUCUCAAACUACAUUCCCAGUAGUUACAGUUUAACUUAACUCGUUUUUUCCAUUUUGCAAGGUCAUACUUUGACUCAAGGACACAAGCGUCCCAUGCCUCCUCUCUCUGUGCAGUCUUUUGAUUUCUUAAAAAUCAUUUUUGUGGGUUUUGUUUUCCUCUAUUUUUUUUUAGGAGGGUGAAGUGGUGUUUUGGAAGUUUUACAUUGUAUCACACACCACUAAGGUUAUGUAUGUUUAAGGCAUUGGUUAAAAUAUGAACCUGUUACACAUAUAACACAAAGCAAAACUUACCUGGCUUUGUUUAAAUAAUUACGAAUGACAUACAACCUAGUAUUUUGGUUGGAUCUGCCUGGGAACAGAAUGACACCUUUUUGGAUGCUUUACGUCCGUUACUGUCAGAAUUGGCCUGGAUUCAGAAACCAAGGGAACGCUUUACAGCUGCUGCAAAACAUACAGUAACCUUCCAGUUGUAGAAUCCUAUAUGUUUCUGUAUGGAAACCUUUAAUAUGAUCUGUGGAGUUAUUAAAGGGCCACUUUAGGCACCCAGACCACUUCAGCUUAAUGAAGUGGUCUGGGUGCCAGGUCCCUCUAGGAUUAACCCAUUUUUUUUUUAUAAACAUAGCAGUUUCAGAGAAACUGCUAUGUUUAUAAAUGGGUUAAUCCAGGCUCUAAAACCUCUAGUGGCUGUCUCAUUGACAGCCGCUAGAGGCGUUUGCGUGCUUCUCACUGUGAAAAUCACAAUGAGAACACGCAAGCGUCCAUAGGAAAGCAUUAUGAAUGCUUUCCUAUGAGACUGGCUGAAUGCGCGCGCAGCUCCUGCCGUGCAUGCGCAUUCAGCCGAAGAGGAGGAGGUGGAGAGGAGGAGGAGAGCUCCCUGCUCGGCACUGGAAAAAAAGGUAAGAUUUAACCCUUUCCUCGCCAUCCAGCCCGGCGGGGGUGGGGGCACCCUCAGGGCACUAUAGUGGUCCUUUAAAACAUGCUGAUGACCACAAACACUGUAUAUAGAUGCAUCUAUAAAUAGUUGGAGUAACGGGGACAGGGCACAUAAAAUUCAUGUAGUUUUUUAAUUUUAUUUGUGCAACUAAAACACCCAUGAUGCUCGGCUGGCAUUGGGUUUUCUUUUAGAAUGAAGCAUCAUGGGACUUGCAGUAUCUCUAAAACUUGAGUUCUGCCUGUGUCCCAGAUCUACUAAGUUAAUGGGAACAUGCACAUUUUGUGUAAAACUGUGUGAAAAUUGACAUUUGUAAGAUCUUUCCCAACAGGUCUGCCAUAGCCAUGUUUUUGGAAUUGGAGGUUUGGGAGUCAAACAGACCCUGUGGGUAGUAACGUGGGAUGCUUACCUGAAAUAGAACAUUCUCAAACCAGUCUCUUUUCUCUUCAUUAGUGGAACCCUGAAAUGGGUGUAUAUGAUGCUGCCGUCUUAGGAUGUGUUUAAUAAUUGAUGACAUACCUACUUGCUCGGGAUCCGCUAGUCAGUCUGCGUUCAUUUAAGACACAUAUAACGCUCACUUUGUGGAUUCCUACAGCAAAACAAGUUAGAAAGUGAUCUCUCAAUCAGGACGCCAGUUUAAUUACAAGUUCAUUUGAACUCUAAUUAAAUUUUAUUAAUUUUCCGUUGUGUGCGGUUAAUUAUUGACGAGGCUGUAGGUACCUUUUAGAUAUAAUAGUGGUAACAUUGGUCCUCAUGUUUAGAUUGAAGUAAAAUGCUUUGUGUCCACUAGAUAACUGUGGGAAUGAGAACUGGUCAGAGAUCCCUAAAAAUGACUUUCUUAAUACAGGGGAUGUGGGUGAUUUUCUCCUGUUACAGUUGUUAUGGUAUAUUCUGAAGUGGCAAUCAGCACUGAAGGUUAGGAUGUCUCAUGCUGUCUCUGAAAGAAAAAAUAAAUCUUUAUCCUUGUUGAUGGAGCAUUAGUGGACAUUUAAUGCAGUUAAAGGAUGGCAGUGGGUUUGUAGUGGCACUCGAGUCUUUUUCAGGUUUAAUAGUUUACGUCAGUAGAACCAUCGCUGGUUAAUAUUCCAAUCCUUUAGCAAUUGCUAGUAGAGAAAGCAAUGCUUUUCUGAUAUCUGUAAAGAAAACUUGGAGCCCUUCUAAUACCUGUGGAAUGUGGAUACAUGUUACUGCAGUGAUGGGCAUUGAGUAAAAGGAAGAUGAAUGUUUGUGUCACAGUUUGGCAGAAUUCUGAGCCAUCUUGUACUUAAGAGUCUUUCUUUUUUUUUUCUUUAAUUAGGUUGUUUGGCUCUGGUUGCCCUUGUUCUCAGAUUAGCCGAUAUAAAACUGUUUGCCUCUUUAUUACUUAUAAACUUUUUGCUGUUACCAUCUAAUGAUUGUUCGCUACUUCUGACACCUCACAACCUUUAAAUUGUGUCUUCUGCUCCAAAACCUGGAGGCAGUCACGCUGGUAAGAGGUAAUUAUUCCUCCCACGGAUUCCCCAGCCGGCCUCCUUGUUGAGUUAAAUAUUCAUUUUAGAACAUAUACAUUAGAAAAUGGAUGAAAAAAUGAACUUUCCAACUCCAGCAGCCUCCAAAAUUCUCCUGAAAGACUACGGACCUAAAGUUCUCCUAAAAUAUGACUGGGCAAAGGGCAUGUCCAGCUGGACAUUAUUACGGGACUGUGAUGGCUUCAUUGCUCUUUGGGAAAUUAAAUGUUUGAACCAUUACAAAUGUAUCUCGUAUACCGAAUAUACUCUGUGUCAUGGACACACACCUCUAGCAAAGACAAUAUAAGGUGCACACAGCUAAUGCUAAAGUUUUACCAGUUCAAUACAUUGAUAAUAAGUUAUUUAGAGGUCACCAUUUCCAGACUGAGUCCUUAAAGCUAUGGCUUCGUCUGUGAGUGCUCCUUCCAGUUGCAAUUAAAAAACCCAUUCUGGCCACACAGGAAGUGUCCUGAUACAUUGUUGCUCUUACAGAAGCAAAUGCUAGUGAGGUGCAAUAAUGGUCGCAUCGAGCAGGGCAGGGUGAUGUAACCUUUGCCAUCGGGCAGUGCAGGAUGAUGUAAACUGUGCCAUCAGGCAGUGCAGGGAGAUGUAACCUGUGCCAUUGGGCAGGGCAAGGUGAUGUAACCUGUGCCAUUGGGCAGGGCAAGGUGAUGUAAACUGUGCCAUCGGGCAGUGCAGGGAGAUGUAACCUGUGCCAUUGGGCAGUGCAGGGUGAUGUAACCUGUGCCAUUGGGCAGUGCAGGGUGAUGUAACCUGUGCCAUUGGGCAGGGCAAGGUGAUGUAACCUGUGCCAUUGGGCAGGGCAGGGUGAUGUAACCUGUGCCAUCGGGCAGGGCAGGGUGAUGUAACCUGUGCCAUCGGGCAGGUCGAUUUAAGCCAUGCCAUGGGCUGAUGUAGCAAUGUGAGCAUUGCUAUGGGGCACGUUGGCAGUGAUAUUGGUAGCUUUAUUAGGGGCGGUAUGUUUAAGUGAAGGCCAAAUAGUAGUUUAUGCUGGCAAUGGAGAGGUGCUGAAAAGAGCAUGGGAUAAUGGAGAAAUUGUGGUUUAUUUCAGUAGAAUGAUGCAAUCCAGAAUGUUUGUUGGCUGUGUGUGAUAUCCGCAUGUCCAAGGGGUAGUGUGUUUGUACUGGCUAUGUGUGAUGUCAGCAGGGCUGUGGGAUAGUGAGUGUUGGCAGUGCCGUGUUUGUGUUGGCAGUGUCCUGAGUUAGUGUAUUUAUAUUGGCAGUGCCCUGUGUUAGUGUGUUGGCAGUGCCCUGUGUUAGUGUGUUGGCAGUGCCCUGUGUUAGUGUGUUGGCAGUGCCCUGUGUUUGUGUGUUUGUUGGCAGUGCCCUGUGUUAGUAUGUUUAUAUUUGUAGUGCUCUGUAUUAGUGUGUUUAUAUUGGCAGUGCCCUGUGUUAGUGUGUUUAUAUUGGCAGUGCCCCGUGUUAGUGUAUUGGCAGUGCCCCGUGUUAGUGUAUUGGCAGUGCCCUGUGUUAGUGUUUUUGUUGGCAGUGCCCGGUGUUAGUGUUUUUGUUGGCAGUGCCCUGUGUUAGUGUUUUUGUUGGCAGUGCCCUGUGUUAGUGUUUUUGUUAGCAGUGCCCUGUGUUAGUAUGUUUAUAUUUGCAGUGCCCUGUGUUACUAUGUUUAUAUUGGUAGUGCUCUGAAUUAGUGUGUUUAUAUUGGCAGUGCCCUGUGUUAGUUGGCAGUGCCUUGUGUUAGUGUUUUUGUUGGCAGUGCCCUGUGUUAGUGUUUUUGUUGGCAGUGCCCUGUGUUAGUGUUUUUGUUGGCAGUGCCCUGUGUUAGUGUUUUUGUUAGCUGUGCCCUGUGUUAGUAUGUUUAUAUUGGCAGUGCCCUGUGUUAGUGUUUUUGUUGGCAGUGCCCAGUGUUAGUAUGUUUAUAUUGGCAGUGCCCUGUGUUAGUAUGUUUAUAUUGGCAGUGCCCUGUGUUAGUGUGUUUGUUGGCAGUGCCCUGUGUUAGUAUGUUUAUAUUGGCAGUGCCCUGUGUUAGUAUGUUUAUAUUUGCAGUGCCCUGUGUUAGUAUGUUUAUAAUGGUAGUGCUCUGUAUUAGUGUGUUUAUAUUGGCAGUGCCCUGUGUUAGUGUGUUUAUAUUGGCAGUGCCCUGUAUUAGUGUGUUUAUAUUGGCAGUGCCCUGUGUUUGGCAAUGCCCUGUGUUAGUGUGUUGGCAGUGCCCUGUAUUAAUGCAGAUUUUUACCUAUUAUAAGUAAAUAUACUGGGUCAUUUAAUAACCUGAUUAUCUUACACAUUUAUCAAAUGCAGGUUUUAGAACGCUAUAUGUUACAGUUACCGUUAUUUAAACAAACUACAUGCAUCAUUUUCAGGCUGGGGCUUGUUUUGGGAAAAUUGGUUAAAAAGAAAUCUGAAUAAAAAAAAGAUAAUGAAAAAUAUGCGCUUCUGAAUCCAUGGAUUGCAUGGGGUGUAUUUUUUAAUUGUCUCUGUAAUAAAACCAUUAAUAAUACAUUUAUUCUCAUUUCUGUCUGUCAGAGUUAUUUAUUAAAGUGUGAACUGUAGGAAAUUCACAUUGAAGUUUGGACAGAAGUAACAGAAUAAGCCACAUUCUCCAGUCGGCUACAAGAGGCCACAUUCUCCAGUCUACUACGUGCUCCGUUUGGAACAAAUCACAGUUCAUUAAAUAGCCCGGAGUAUUUCCAGUACCAUGCAGUAAGGGGGACAGGACAGUUUUAUAGUGCUUACUAUAAAGAUAUUUAUUUUAGGCAAUAUAAAGGGGAAGUUGGGUAACCUCACUGAUUGGGGCACAUCCGUUUAUAUCAAAAGGCCAAAAUAGGACACUCAGUGUUUGUGCACUGGGGCUGGGCAAUUUUGGUAAUUUCAACGUGAGAUUGUGACCUCGCAAUAUCCAUUUACAGAUCUAAAUAUAAACAACUUUAGUAUAAACACAUUACUGGGAGUUUUCUUUAUAUAUUUGCUGGGCCCUGUGACUACUGGUAGCUUGCUAUAAUUGGUUACUUUGAUUCUGGGUCUGGGUGAUGAUCAGCUUUUUUUGAUGCAGUUAAUGUAUAUGGAGCUGCUCUGCCGCUAAAAUAUAAAUUCUAAUCUUCUAAACUACAUUAUGGUCAGACAGAUUUAAAAUAAUGUCACAGAAGAUACAGAAUUGUUACUUUUUCUGUCGCAAAUAAUUCUAAAAAAAACAAACAACAAACCAUAAGAUUCUAUGUUCAUAAUGGUUGAUUUAUUUGUCAACAGAGAUACUUUAAAAUCCAAUAAUAUUAAAAAUAAUUUCUGGAACCAGGGAGGCUGUCUGUUCAGCGAGCAGUUUGUCCGUCCUUGUGAAUUUUACAUUACAUGUUCUCUGCUUGCUGGCUUCUACAGAGAAACCCAAACUGGCCCGGGGCUCUGUGAGAAUCAGGGCUGGGGGCUAUUGACCGAGUGGUGCAUCUGCAGCUUGUGAUGAGUUCAGUUAGGAAGAAGCUGUGCUGGGAGGGGGAGGAGGAAGACCUCUCUGCCAUGCACUAACCCUUUGUAUGCCAUAGGCGUGAACAGACGUGUUGUUGGUUCCUUGGGCAUUAAAAGUUUAAACAUUGUGUGAAAUUGUACACCACCGAUUCCUCAUUUUAUUUACAAGCCAGUGCAAUGAUUGUCAUAGUCAGUACAUACAAACAGCAUAUAAUGAAGGCUGCUAAAAGCAUUCUUUAUUAUUGAUGUCCAUAAAAUGAACAUAUUGAUCAGAUUAACCUGGUUUUUAUUUAUUCAUUCAGCGUCUAUAUGUGCAUAUACAUUGCCAGCUGGGUAACAUGGCAGAAUACAGGCCAGUGACGUAUGAACUUGGCACCGACGAGGUCUGAAAUACAUUACCCACGAUGCCCCGUCUUUUAGUUGGCAAGGUAUCUUGGGAAAUGUAGUUCACAAAAAUCCACAGAGAGCCAUGACAGAUAUAUAUACAGGUGCUUUCUAGUUAAAAUGAACCCACUGUCUUCAUUGACCUGCUCGUGAUGCAGGGUCAGACCCCUGCCUAGCUGUCAUUGCCAUGAGCAAACUUAAUGAACAUUGAUCACAAGAAAUUAGCAUUUUCUAUUUAUUUUUACAUAGCUCUGUAGUUAUUUUGCUUUGAAAUAAAAAAUUCCCCGAAAGGUUAAUAUUAGAUCCCUUUUCAUUAGAGCAAUCAUGGGAAUAUAACCUGCAUCACUCACUGCUGGUAUGGAUGGAUGGGGCAGGGAAGCCGAUUUUAUUUUAUAUUGCUUUAUAUUUCACAGUCUGUGGUAUAAAGUUGGUUGAAUAUUUUUUCUGCGAGCAUUUCUUUAAAAUGGACCUUUAACCCAGAGACAGAAACAAGGUCUGCUUCAGGCAAUUAAUAAAACAUACUGUCUGCACUGUGCGUGGGUAUCACUAAUUCUCUCUAUACCUUACAUAUAUUCUAACAUGAGCCAUAAACGGCUCGUUCUGACAGCAUGUAAAUUGCACUGUGUGUACAAUAUGUCUGAAUUCAGAAAUGUCAAUAACACACAUUUCUUCACAAUCUAGCAUAAAGAAAACCACAUUACUAGUUAAUGAUCAUUGCCUUUUAGUAGGUCUGUCAUACCCCUAGCCGAGACCGGAGUGAGAUCUCUAAUAGUCAUACGUGGUUAUUUACCAAAGUGUAACAUCAUUUUAAUUUUGCCUCUUUUGGCUCAAAAUCUGAAAUUCACUUUGAUGUAGACAUACUAGACAUAGUAGAAGCGAUUAGUGGGUCUAUUUACUCCUAACAUAGCACUGAGUCCUAGAAGAUAUUUACCUAUUAUAAGCAAAUAUAAUGAGUAUUUAAUUACCAGUUUAUCUCAUGCAGAUCUUAGAUCUAUAUCGGUUAUUAAAUUUAAUACACCCUCAACCCUCUAAACAUUACCUACUGUAUAAAACAUAGAGGAGAUAAACCCAUUUAGGGCUUGCAAACCAGAUAUAUUUUGUGAAAAUGUUCAAUUCCCAAGUUCGAGUCUGCAAAGUGUCGCAUACAUAGUAAUGCUGUUCUACAACCAGUGGAGACCUAGCUAUUUACAUACAUGUCCGCCUCUCUCACAAGUGAACUUAUAUCGGGGUCUCUGAUAAGGUGAGAAGGAUAGGUAAUUGAAGACUGUUUUCUUGUCAUUUCAGGAUAAGCCGGCUGUUUAACGGCACUGAACCCAUUGUUUUGGACAGUCUUAAACAGCAUUACUUUAUUGACCGAGACGGUGAAAUUUUCCGAUACAUAUUAAGUUUUCUACGAACGUGUAAACUACUCCUCCCUGAAGACUUUAAGGUAAGAGACUGAAAGGUAACUCAUAGAAUGUUCCUCUAGGGGUAAAAUGCAACUCAUAGAAUGUUCCUCUAGCGGUAAAUGCAACUCAUAGAAUGUUCCUCUAGGGGUAAGAGGCAACUCAUAGAAUGUUCCUCUAGGGGUAAAAGGCAACUCAUAGAAUGUUCCUCUAGGGGUAAAAGGCAACUCAUAGAAUGUUCCUCUAAGGGUAAAAGGCAACUCAUAGAAUGUUCCUCUGUGGCUAAUUUUCCGAUACAUAUAAUUUCUAAUUAGUGGGAUAAUAGCUGCUUGAUCCAAGGAGACAUCUGACUGCUAUUUUGAGGUCAAGAAGGAAUUUUUUUCCUAGUUUGUUGCAAAAUUGGAAACCCUUCAGACUGUUUUUUUUUUUUUUUUGCCUUCUUUUGGAUCAACAGCAAAAACAUAUGUGAUGAAGGCUGAACUUGAUGGACGCAAGUCUCUUUUCAACUAUGUAACUGUAAUUUCAAGUGUGAAAAGCAGUAAACAGUAUCUAACUUCUGGCUAAAUUCCAUUGUGUACAAAGUGCCUUCAAACUGUGUCUUACGAUGGCAUAAAACCAGCGAACUUUCAUAUUCCACCUAAUUCUGCCUAUCAAGUUAAAAUUGAUUGUAACUAUUAUUAUUAUUAUAAGGCCGAAACAUACUCCACAGCGAUGUGCAAUGGAUAACUAAAACUAAAGAAACUGGACUAACCAUACAGAAAAGGGAAAGUAUUAAAAAGGAAGAUCGAGUGAUUGGUGUAUAGAGUCUGUAUUUUACCGUAUACAUUAUUUACAUAGUUAUACUACAUCCUAGAGUUAGGGUAGACCACGACAUGACAAGUUGUAUAAUGUGAGACAUGGACAAAAUGAGAGAACGUGAGGAACUUUUUCUGAGGACCUGGAAACAUUGGAGAGGGUGAGGUAGGACAUUCCAUUAGAAUGGGGAACCCCUGGACCCUGAACGAACCAUGUACACAAGUUGGGGCAAACUGAAGUACAGUUUGGCAUAAGAGAGGGACUAAAAUGGUGUGUGCUUGGCUACUUAACAGAGUAUAUGUAUUUUAGGUUUAGAGUUGUGGAGAGCUAUGUAUGUGAGAACUUUGGUGUAUAAAAAAGCCAAUGCAAGGAUUGUAUAGACAGUAAGAGAGAAAUGUAGAAACUUGGGUUGUGUUUAGGUCAAUAAAGAAAGAGUUGCACUAGUUGCGAUGGGAAGUGAUAUGUGUUUGAACAACAGUUUUGAUCUGAUCUUCUGCUAGAAAGACAUGUACAAACAAGGGACAUUCAAAGAUUAACUGGUCCACAGGGGGAAACGGGGCAGAAAUAUCAUGAGUAAAUUAGCAAAGGGUAGCACUGAAGGCAGCUUGGAAGAUAAAGUGAAAUGAAGUGAUCACAGUGUCCCUUUAAGCAUUCCAGCUACAUCCCAGUAUACACAUAUUUAAAGAUAUACCCAGAUAUACAGCAGAUUGUGGAAUGAACACAGUAGUAAUUCACUAUGAAUGAAGGUUCAUUUUUAGAGUAGAAACCAGAUCCAGUAGAGGUGAGCAAGGCCCGCCUUGCCUUUAUAUUGUCUUUAUUUCCAUUUAAAUUGAAAAUCUGAUGUAACAAUAUAGCAAAAUCAAAUGAAGAUGACAUAUAUAUUUUGUGACUUUGCCGGGCCUUUAACAAUGUGGUUGAUACAGUCAGCCUAUACAUUAAUUCCUAUUUUCUAUAGGCAGUCUUUUUUUAUUUUUUAUUCUACAGAAAAUCACGCUGAUAUGUAAACUUCACACAAGCAGAAGUGAAAGCCAGUUUUCAGCAUAAUUGAAGUAAUAGGAAACCAUAUAUUUGUGCAAAGGAGAUAUAUCGAGUGUUUAUGUUUCUCUAAUUAGGACACACCGUGGAGAGUGUAAAAUUUGCGCGUCCUGUUACUUGGUGCCACGAUUAUAUGUAAAAGGAAUCAUUACAAAAGCCUGAUGAAUAUUUAUCAGUUUUCACCUUUGCUUAAUCAAACAGAAUAUGAGCCGCGGGCUCAAUCGAGCUGCAUUUCACUUGUGUAGUUGUGAAUGUUGUUAAAAGUUUGGAAUAUUUAGAGUGAAACAAUUCAGGGGCCGUGACAGUUUCUGUAGAAGUUUGCGAGAAAGCAUGGCGGGUGCGAGGGGUGUCUGCCGCUCUAUACGUCUUCCAGCACUUAAGGAAUUAGCAUUUUGAAGGCUGUAUACUGUGAAUUAUCUUGCACUGUCUAUAUGCCUUGCAGUAGUCUCUCCAGUCAUGCAAUGCAAUUUGCAUUUUUACUUAUAAAUUUGUCUACCCUUUGGUGAUAAAGACUCCUGAUAUAUUCACUGAUAAGAGGUGUUCUCACAAACAAUACUUUGUGGCAGGUUCACACAGAAGUAAAGAUUUUGAUGGGAGAAGAAGACUGUCAGGGCCGACCCAAGACAUUAUGCUGAAUGGGCCCAAGACUCAAAUGCUCGGAAUAAAGUGUUUUGUAGUAAAAGGGGUGGGUGGGUGGGUUCACAAAGCAUCUCUGGAUCUCUAAACUCUCUGAAAGUUAACAUAAGAAAGGCUGUAGGUUCAUCACACAUUCCUCUUAUGCAAAAUAUAUUUGCAAAUGGUAUAUAAACCCACAUGUAAAUGUGCUCACAGGUGGACAGAGCAUACAAUGUGUUGAAUGUUGUCUGGGGAGACAGGUAUUUCUGUAGAUCACUUUGUCUAACAAUUUUCUCCGCAGAAUUCUGCUGUAUGAUGCAGAUUAACAGGAAGUCAUACGUGCAAAGCAAAAUGGCUUCCGCCAUCUGUCUUUAAUUCAGUAACAUGAUUGCAAGUAUUGCAUGCUCUGUCAAAGUACGGAAACUUUUACACAGAGAUUUGUGAAAGUUAGAAAAUGGUCUUUCAUACAGGAGCAUUUGUUGUUGUUUUUUUAUAGCCUGCCUUUAAGGUUCUUAUUUACUUUCUCAUAAUCAGUAACAGACAGUAGUUUGCUCAAAGAGCAGAAACUGUAGAUUCCUGAGUAUUUUGCUAUUCAAUCCCUUAAUCUAUUCUUUUUAGUGAACACCCAGCCCUUGUAGUAAUGCAGGUACAGCAAUGACUCACAGACGUAGCCAUUACAUGCAAUCAGUCAGCGCAGGGAGACUCAUUCAUUGCAUAACCUUUUAAAUCCAAGCCUGGAUCUCUAAAAAUGUACCCCUCAAUGCCGCAGACAGUACAGACCUUUUCACGCCCAAGAGUCAGCUUUAUUGCAGGAUUUUCCUAUGAUCUCUGAUAAUAACCCAGGGCUUUUCUUAACCUUUGAUGUGUCGCAUUUAGGAGGAAUGGCAAAAUAAAGACACCGCCUGAAAUUGGUUACCGUCAGGAUGAGGCCUGGGGUGGGCAAGUAAUUUAAUGGAAACGUACUCAGGCGUACCCGAAAUCUGAAAGAAAUUAAGGGAGGGAUCUGUAUACGCACAGAUAAUAGGCUGCUUUACAAGGGAGUUGACAAGUGUCUCGGCAGACACUCUGUAUCUGUUACUGUUUGUUGGUGUGCUUAUUUUGAAUGUUGUGUGAUUGCGGCCGUUAGGUGAAAUUAGUGGUAUUUUGUUUGUAGGAUAAAAAACACACUUCAAGGGACACUCCAGGCACCAACCCAACAAGCAUGCAUUCGAUAGCGUCAUUUACAGUUGAUUCAGUAAUUUACCUAGAUUAUUUUGCAUGGUCAGUUUCCUUAGCUAUAAUGUUAUCACUCUCCCUCCAUCUCUCCAUCCAAACCUGCAGUGAUUCUACAUUCACUGCAUUAGCACAGCUGUAAGUGACUUUGUAGUGUAUACAGUGUUAUCCUUAAUCUUUAUUUGAAUUCUUUUUUUCCCUAUUCGUUCAUACAUGUGCGGUUAUUACAACAACAAAAAAAAGGUUGACGCUAUAACUGAAUAUUAAAGAUGCAAUACUGUAACUUCACUUAUCUAAGGGAACAUCUUAGGGACGUACCAUAACAACGUAUACGCACUGUGCACAGAGACCCAUCUCUCCUGUACCUAUAACAAUCUGCGAGAAGUCUUUCCCUUGUCAGUGGAGGAAUCUGUACAAUGCGUGUAAUUCAUUCUGCAGGUCCCCACGUCCCCUGCCUGGCUCUCAGAAAAAGUUAAAUUGCGGUUGCACAUAUGAGGAGUUGGUGAUUUGGGGCUAGGCUGUGCAUAGCCCCAUUCCAAAAUCUAGUCGCUGUGGCAUGAAUGGAACUACUGCUGGGUUCUGGACUACAUAACCCAUCAACACCUGCUGGAUAUCAUAGACACAAAGAGAGACUCCUUAUUGAGGCCUUUUCCUGGUCUGUGAGAGGCAAUCUUAUAUUUCAUUGAAGUUUUUGAAUGUAUUAUAUAUAUAGUUGUAUUUAGCAUCUUUGUUUAAAGCUGUGUCAAUAUUUACCUCCUGAAUCUUGGUGUCCAGGACACACUCCUUGGGUGUUUUUUUUUUUGUUGUUGUUGUGGUUUUCUCUUUAUUUUUUUCUGGAUUUUUGCGUAUAACAUCAUUUUAUGCAAGUCCAUGUUGGCCAGCCUAAAUCUACCAGGCGUUUAAUCUGUUCCCUGCAAUUUAUUGAGGUGAGGACGGACGUCGCAUAGUUUUUGUCAAUAGGUAGAGGACAAGAUCUGCUCUAGAUGUUGAUCACUGGCUCUAUUUACACUGAUCAGUUUUCCACAGUUUCUUGUGUUCUAUUUCUGUAUAAGGCUGUUCAGCCCCUGUGUGAUCUACAAGGCUGUUUUGAUGACAUUAGCCUGUUGGUUAUUGUUCUUUCAUCUCACUGCUAUAACCCAUCCUCUUAUUUUGGUUUUCACAAAAAUCUUGCAUUGCGAAGCGUAUUUAACCAUUUACUCAAAACAGGAUGCACAUGGUCACCUAUUGAUCCGUGCACCAAUUAUUCCCCAGUCCGGAGUUUUGGAAACAAAUGACAAGUUCGUUUGGCUUCUGGGAUUGCGUAAUUACGUGUCCCAGAGGCAGUGCUGUGCAGUCGGCUAAUUGCGUCUGGGUUCCUGAGUUAAAGGAAAUUCACUAUUAACAGUUCAUUUCUACCAUGCUAAAUCUCUUUCUCAGUGGCCGUCUGAUUUUUCCAGGUGAAGAUUCUUUCAGUGCUGUGAGUUCAGAUAAGGUUUUAGACGUGGAUUCUGUUCCUCACAUGUAAAAAUAAUUAAUAUGAAUUAAUGUCAAAGGAAUGGUACGUGUCAGACUUGCAAUCAGGCUGGUUUCAAGCCUUUCUAGACAGAUUAAAAGGAAACUGUCAUGGAGAAAACUACCUGAUCUCUUUUAAAAGAGCUUGAAAUUCCAUCUAUACAUUGUGCUAGCAAAUGUGUAGCAUAUCUCGAUAAAAACCUAUUUAAAAAUAGAGAACUAGAAAAUGCGUUUUUUCCCCCUUGUCUCCCUGUGACAUCACUGAAGAUAUUUUAGGUCAUCCGGAAUAAUUAUAACUGGUACAGAGACACUAUAUGUAUUAGCAUAGGGCUGUAGUCAUGGAAGAGUGAUUGUGAUACUUUUCCAAAAAAAAAAAAAAAUACAAAUAUUAUUAAACCUUAAAUCCAAAUGGCAAAAUGUAGACUUUAGUAGCUAACAAUUACAGCUAUUUUAGCUUCCGUCUUGAUCCGCUUCAGCUUGGCCGCCCUGAGAGUGUGUGGUAUAUGUAUAAAGUAUAUUGUUAUUUAAAGCCCUUCGAGCGGAAUGGGAUGUGAAGUGGUUAUUAUCAUGGGGGUUUUACUAGUCAUACAUUUAGUGUAAUAGGUAUAAGUCACAUGUAAAACCAGCUUUUGAGGAGUCGUGCGCAACUCGUAUCUCUAUAAAGUUUUUACCGUGCUCGCUAUGACAUCACAGUGAUGUAAAAUUAAAUCACACUGGGCUUUGCGUGUUAUCUUGGUAUGUGACCAGCUGUUUUAUAGUUAUGUUUUUCAUAAAAAGGGCGUUUUCUACAUUGUGACAAUUUAAGGGUUCAUAUGUAUGUUUUUUAAAACAUUUUAGUGUCAUUGUAAGCAGUAUAGGAUUCUAUGCAAUAAAUUAUGAUUUGCACAUGGUGAUAAUUAAAUAUGGAUAUAAUUUUGGAUGAAGAGAUUAUUUCCUUCCCCAGUUUCCCUUUUUAACUUUUGUACCCCUUCCUUAGUUAUUUUCCCUACGUUUUUUAUAAAAUAAUAAAAAGAAAACCAGUGAAAAGGAAUUGACAGAAUAGAAAAUCACGUUUUCAUGAUCCUUCCCUCAUCAGAUGGUCAUUACAGGAGGAUAAUACUAUGGUUCUAGUUUCCUGAGCACAUAAUUGUGAUGCUGACAUAUACUGCCAAUGGAUUGUGUGUGUUGUAUAUCAUAAAUGUUCUUAACUGCUUUGUGAUGAGUGUAUGAAUAGAAACAUUCCUUAGUAACUGCACCACUUUCACAACUAUUUAGAUUUCUAAAACGUGUCUCCGGUAGAACCUUUACUCUACAUAUCCAUAUUCAUGGAUCCCACACUUUGUAAAUAAAUGAUGAUCAGCUCCCAUUUAUUUCUGCUAAUACUGUCCAACAAGUAUUAAUGAUCAAUUUCAGUUUUUAACAACAGCGGACAGUGUGAAGGUAACGGAGAUAAAAAGUACAUAGCCGAGCCUUUUUUUUUCAAACCAACACAUGUUUUUUGCCUCCAUUUUGCAAUUUGGUUUACAUUUGGGAAUAUAGUAAAUAAGCCCCACUGUCUCUGUAUUGCAGCUGAGAAACACACAGCUUUGUGUAACAUGACACGUGCCCCUGGGGCAGAUUAAUGAUGGGGCAAUGCUCCACAACCCGUGUUAUUGUUAAUAUUUUAGAAUGUCUUAUUGUAUGAAAAUAUGUUAAAACUGUGUAGGAUCCAUAGCACGUAUCCAUGGGACAGGCGAUAGAGAACACAACACAAGGGUCGGGUUUUCUACAGAAGUUUAAAAUAUUUUGGUUUUGUUCAAAUAACUGAUUUUACAAACCUAUUCUGACUCCGCUGUUUUGGCCAACACAUUUAACCUGUCUGUUCUAUACAAUUUCCAGUUUAGUUAAUGGACAAAGCUGCCAUUUGAUGAGUUAAUUUAAGGACACAAUGUACUUAUCAGUCAUUUAAUAUGCCUCGUGGGUUGCCACAAGGCAGGGAGAAGACAUGUGGUUAUUAUAUAUAGGAACACAUUAUUCAGAAUAUGCUGUGACUUGCACACAAACAGAUGUUAGUGCAAGACUAUUAGGUAAAUGAUAAUCUAUGUGUGUGCACAUCUCCUGCAUAUAGCGUAAGUGGGCAGUGUGCACUGGGUACAGGUACUUAGAUGGCUCAGUUUGGAAUUUUUUCCCCCCUGUGAUCUAAGGGUGUUGGACUCCUGGAAUUUAGGAUAAAUAUUCAAAUAGCAAGUUUAGGGGGCUGCAUGCUAGCACCAGAACCGCUGUAGCUGUAGCAAUUUAAUGACCUGAUUGUAUUGCAGAUUUUGUCACUGCAACCAAAUAAGUCACAACGUCUCAGGAGCUGGAUUCAAAAAAUUAUUAUUCAAAAAAUUAUUCCUAAUUGUACUUCUCCAAUGAUGUAUGUCCCCAAAUAUACAUAAUACACCACUGUAAUGGCAUGAGCUAAAACUGCCGGAGUGUGACACUCAGUCAAUUUGUGCAGAUGUAAAUACUCCAAUUACCACCAGUAGAUCAUGUGGCUAUGAUUGAGCUGUGUUAGUGGAUGUGUUCUAAAGGCUGGCAAAGCGCAUGGCUGUUGUAGUUCUAGAACAUCUGGGGCUCCACAUUUUGCCCAAGAUCAGUGGUUCCCAACCUGAGGUACGAACCAGUUCCCCAGGUGAAAAAAAUCUGUUUUGGCGGAACUACCGCCAGUGUGGCUGCACUGGGCCCGCUACCUAAGGGGGCCCAUCGGGUGGCCCAUGACCCGUGCACUUAGGAUCACCCAAUGGACAUGUGUCAUCAGGGGCUCAUCUGUAAAAGUGUGACUGGGCUCAUUUCUUAUCUGCCACCAGUGCUGGGAGAAAUUGAAAGCUGGUCACUUCAUCCUAGCUAACAGAAGCACCCAAGAGUUAGGAAAUUAGAGGGUUGGCUAAAAUUGUUAUCGGUGUGUGUUUUUAUGUGUGUGUCUUUGUCUGUAUGUGUUAGUGUUUGUAUCUGCAAUAUUUACAUAUGCCUGGGGCAUAGGAUAAACGGAGGGCAGGGGAGUGGCAGGAAGAGCCCAUGUGGAGCUGGGGGCAGGGAAGGGACAGGGGGAGCCUGGGGCAAAGAAAAACAUUUGAUAAUUACAAACAUUUUGCUCAUAUAGAAGGGUACAAUUUAUGGAAAUGGACUGCCAUGGGGAACACAACUGAAAAAAGGUCGGGAACCACUGCCCUAGAUGAUUGUGACCAAAGUUGUAGAACAAACAUUAUCCCAUGAGUUGUAAUCUGAAAAGUGGCAACCAUCAGGUACAAUCCAGGGGUGAUUACUUACUUUGAUAAAUCUCCCCAAAGGGUUUUGGCUGAGAGGACAUAGUGAGAGAUGCAUUUCACAAUAUCUGGUAAAAUACCUUUCCUAUAACCACUGACUCGUAAUGGACAGACUAAAUCUGUGCGGCGCUAGAUUGACACAUUACACUUACAGUAAAACACUGUCCUCCUUGUCAAUAAGGAACAGAUCCCUUAAUGUUCUUAUUGCUUUUCUAGGAGUUCAACCUUCUAUAUGAGGAAGCAAAAUAUUACCAGCUCCAUCCCAUGGUCAAAGAACUGGAGAGAUGGAAACAGGACAAAGAACAUCGAAAGCACUUCCAGCCAUGCGACUGUCUGGUUGUGAGAGUGACCCCUGACCUUGGAGAAAGGAUUGCGUUGAGCGGAGAGAAGGCAUUAAUAGAGGAGAUCUUCCCAGAAACUGGAGACGUUAUGUGUAACUCGGUGAACGCCGGCUGGAACCAAGACCCAACCCACGUCAUUAGGUUUCCUUUAAAUGGUUACUGCAGGUUAAAUUCUGUCCAGGUAAGAUACUCCGUGUGCUUAUGUACUACUGCCUAAUGUGUUCAUAAUACUGGAGAUAAAACAAAACAAAUAGAGGGUGGUAGGUAGAUUAUCUUGGUAUACCUCCAUUAAUCUGCACUGACCUAUGGCCUUUGCACAGGUUAUGGUACAAGGAGUUUCCUGUAUCACUGUAUGCAGUUGCUUAUAUCUGCAGUAAUUUGCAAAAACUUUGUUUUCCUUCCUCGUUUGCCAUCCAAAGUCGUCUACCAUGUGCACGUUUAAUACUUCCUCCAGAGCAGUGCUGGGUGGGAAAAUGCAGAGUCUUUGGCUGAGAUGAGAUUAUUUAACAGUUCCAUUUAUAAAAUCUAAAUAAUGCAACGGCAGCUAGGGAUAUGCUACAUAGGGGUUUAUAUGAAAAGAUGAUAAGACUCUAUAGACUGGAAUGAGAGCAUCCUGAUUGGAGAGGCCUCUUCCUGGUCUGUUUUUUGUUUUUCAUUAUUUUGUUGCAGGUGUUUGAGUGGUAUAAAACUGUGCUGAAUUUGAUUUACUGGAGACAUCUGGGGUUAGCCAAGGUGACGGAGAUUUCAAAUAAAUUAUUGUUCUAGAUAUCUCACACUGUAGCGAAACAAACACUGUGAAAUUUGUACACCAGUACUUUCUCUCUAAGAUGACACAAGGUUUGUUUGUAAAAUCCUAUUUUCUAAGGCCAUACACACCUCUGGUCAUUCCUACAGUCCUCUGCCAGGUGAGAUUAGAAGAAAAUAGAUUUUUAAGUCGAAAAAAAGAAACAUUUUGUUUUAUGCCACCAUCGUGAUACUUUCAUCAAUUAACGUCCUGGAGGUGUUUCUCCAAAACGCCCUGCAGUAUGUAACAUUACGUUCCAAAAAGACAAAAAAAUGUUCUGAGAGUGCAACAAUGUACAAAUGCAUAAUUUAUGUCUUGCUCAUAAUUAAAUGAUGAUGCCUGCAGUAAGGACUUAAAAGAAAUUGAUCUUUUUUUUUUUUUUUGUAAAGUGUGUAUAUAUUAUAUAUAGUAUUACAGAGGAUCUAUAAUGGAGAACAGCGUGUUAAGGGGGAAAUAAUGCUAUCUUGAAGUUCUGAAGACAUUACAACAAGCCACAAGACUGCAGGUCGAGUGUUAUAGAAAUUUCUCCAGAUCCCCUGAUCCUACGUGUUCUGCUUUCUUUAUAUUACAGGAUACGUUUAGGUUAAGGCAGUGGUUCCCAAACUUUUUAGGUGCAAGGCAUCCUUAAUAUUUCAAUAGGUUUCCAAGGCGCCCCAAGUUAACAGAAUUUCCUAGGUUGUAUAUGUGUACAGCACAGCAGCAUAUACUGGGUCCCUGUCCGGCAGAAAUGCUUGCCAUUCAAGCGCAGAGCCAGAACCUAAUCUUGGGAGGGGCACUGGCAGAUUAUUUAAAGAAACAAUCCAGGCACAAAAACCACUACAGCACUUUGUAGUUACAGUUCUAGGACAGCAACUUCAGCUGCAUAUCACUUUCUCAAUUUUAGCACAACCUAACAACCAACUUAAACUUAUCUACGGGUUGUGAUUACAUUCCAGUUUAUAUUAUUUUCAUUAAAGGGACACUAUAAUCACCAAAACACCUUUAGCUUAAUGAAGCAGUUUUGUUGUAUAGAUCAUGCCCCUGCAGUUUUACUGGUCAAUUCUAUGCCAUAUAGGAGUAAAAUCACUUUGUUUAUACAGCCCUAGACACACCUCCCUGCAUGUGACUUACACAGCCUCCCUAAACAAUUCCUGUGAAGAGUCAUCUAAUGUUUACCUUUAUUCUGUUUAAUUUAGAAUGUCUUUUCUCCUGCUCUGUUAAUAACUUGCUAAACCCUACAGGAGCCUCCUGUAUGUAAUUAAAGUUAAAUUGCAGAGCAGGAGAUAAACUUUUAAAGUAAGUUACAUCCGAUUGAAAAUGAAACCAUUUUGUUUUCAUGCAGGCCGUGUCAGUCACAGCCAGGGGACGUGUGGCUAGGGCUGCAAAAACAGAUACAAACGUUAUUUAACUCCUAAAUGGCAGUGAAUUGAACAGCGAGACUGGAGAGGCAUGAUCUAUAAACCAAAACUGCUUCAUUAGGCUAAAUUUGUUUUGGUAACUAUAGUGUCCCUUUAAAGGGAAAAUAUAGUGCCACAAAAACAAAGUUGUUUUCCUGGCACUGUAGCUGCUUAUGGCGUGCUCCCUGUGGUGCAGAGCAGAGGGGGUUAAAAAAAAAAGCUCUGUCACUUACCUGAGUCCAGCGCCAAUGUCCCUCGGCGCUGACCCAGGCUCCCCGCGCUGCGCUGACAUCCGUAAUAUUAUGCUUUUUUUAUGGGGGUUUGGGUGAUGCUGGAUGUCCUUAUGCAUAGUAUCAGGAUAUCCAGUAUAAAGAGACCAAAAGUCGUCUAACGACCAGGAGGUCCCCAGAGGUGGAGUUAACCCAUAAAGGUAAUUAUUUCAGGUUCUUAAAACCUGCAAUAGAUUGUCUUUGCUGGGUUUAGGGACCUGGGACACUGCACCCAGAUCACGUUGAUUAGCUGAAAUGGUCUGGGUGCCCAUAGUGUCCCUUUUAACAUGCUUUGCAAGACAAAGCCCAAUAAAGUAUGUAAAUGAGUGAGCCCCUGCAGUGGUGUUUGCAUGGCACCUGUGACUGCCCCGAUUUCUCAGAUUGAGGCAUCAUGUGGUGGCGAAGUUCAGUGGAGGUGAUGCUAAGGAACACAUCACAUAUAAAGAUUUAGCCUAAGUAACCGUAAUCGGUUUUUUUUUUUGUUUUUUUUUUAAAGGAACAAUUAAUUUCCUUUCCAGAUAGGAUGUCCAUGUCACCUAUACACAGAUUAUGUUAAACAAUAAAAUAAAUAUCAAUAAGGAAUAAUAACUUACAUUUAGCUAGAUCUUGAACAGGUGCUGGCAGUGCCCCUUUAAGAAGCAUGAUCAUGUGGGUUUUCUUGGUUCAAUUUCUGUGGCAUGGAUAAACUGGAAAAAGACAGUAAUCAAAAAUGUUAAGUUUGCAGGAAAUAUAUGGCACUAUAACAAACGGUAUAUAUACCUUUUUCACUCCAUUUUUUAAAUGGGGAACUAUGGAUGUCAGCUGACACUCCAAUUGGGACUGAGUCCAAGGGCUUCCCGAUUGAAGCCUGGGGCUGAAAUAGAAAUACAGGGGGCAGAGCUGAAGACUUUGGGGUUUAAAACAGUAACCCUAAGGUAAGACCUCCUCACACCAUAACAACUUAAUUCUGUUGUUAUGGUGCCUGGUGUGUUUCUUUAAAAAAAAUAAAAUAAUUUAUAUAUAUAUAUAUAUAUAUGAUUGUAUCAGAGUCCAUAACUCACCCUUUCAUUCUUUCCUCGGUUGAUCAAAUAAGUACCAUUCACCCAUUGCGAGUGUGCUAAUCUAUGGGGAAGUUGCCCCGAACAUAGAAUUGCGGGAUUCCAUGCCCUAGUGAACUGGUCUAUGUUUGGGGGAAUUCCCCUUAAACAUAGACCUGCUUUCUAGCACAUACUUGCUCCAGUUUUCCACCAAAAUAAGACACCCCUGAAAAUAAGCCCUAGUGCGUUUUUCAGGGGGAAAAUUAUUAUAAGACCCGGUCUUAUUUUGGGGGAAAGGCGGUAGACAUGUGAGGGAUUGCUGUACUCUGAAUGUAGGAGAUCUUUAGCGUUUGAAGUAGUAGGUUACACAGGACCUGUGAAAUGUACCAAUCCAAUUUAAUAUGUAUGUGAACAAAAUAAAAUGUACAGCUAAGUUUGAUGAAAUGGUAAACUGAAAAGACUCUGCCUGCGCUAUUUCAUACAGGGCAUUUUGUCAUCUGCUGGUAUGCCAGGAUUGGGGUAACAUUAAUUGCAAAUUGACAAUUUAAAUCUAACUUAUUAAAACCAUGUCAAAAGUCUAGAUAGGUGCUGUACUCAAGGAGCAUGGCAGAUUCCAAACAUAAAAUAGUUUCACUACUAACAUUGGGGGUGUCAGGUCACUAUUGGUACCAUAACCACUGCAAAAGGGUUAACUCACAGUGUUUAAGAGUUUAUCUAAACUAAUCAUUUCAGGUCAGCCAACAGCAGUUAGAAUGAAAAUGUAAGUGAACUGCAAGCAGGAAGAGAUACCAAUAAAAUAGUCCCUAUAUUUGUACAACAGUAACUUGAAAACAACAUGUAGCCAGAUUUUGAUAAAGAAUUUGAGCAUGAUAAAAAGAAUGCAGGAACACGGCCGAGUCACUUUAAAGCUGAAGGACUGCAUGAUGCAAUAUAUAUUUUAUGUAAAAAUUCAAUACUUGUACUGUCUGUAUAAAAAGGAAACCUGCACAAGUUUGGGGCUCUGAUUAUCUCAAAGGACUUUUUGUCCCUUGUUCGUUGAGUAUAUUUCAGUUUUUCCAGACGUAAGGGUUAUUUUUAAAAGCUGUGACUUUUCUUCUGUCUACUCCAACACUUAGUGUUCAUUUGUUACCUUCCUUUAGCAAAACAACAAGAAACUUGUAGAUAGUGUAUCAUGAUUAACAAGCACGUACCUCGUGGCUCGUCACCUUCCCUACGUAAACGUAUCCUUGUCGUGUCUUGCAGGUCUUGGAGAGAUUAUUUCAGAAGGGAUUUCACGUGGCAGCUUCGUGUGGGGGUGGCGUUGACUCCUCUCAGUUUAGCGAAUACGUACUCUGCAGAGAGGACAGGCGAAUGCAGCCCAACACAAUACGGAUAAAACAGGAACCUCUGGACUGACGCACCAGGAGUUAACUUUGUAAUCACAGAAGUGUUCAAAAAUCCUCUACGGGAAACCCUGAGGAUCUGCAAAACAGUAUUAACAGACUAUGUUUGACUUGUCGUUGCCAGUUUGUGAUAUCUUGAAAGUACUUAUAACGUCACGAUACAAAAGGCCCGGUUUCACUAUGAAAGCAUAGAACUAUUGUGCCUGGGCCUCGCUACAGCUGUGCUGUGGGAAAAAUACAUUCACAUUCUAAUGGUUCAAACCCAUGAAUAGCAUUGAAAAACUGAGCAUAUUAAGAGGAAUUUACAGUAUUCUGAGGUGGAUGAUACAGAAACACUUUUUUUUUUCUGGAGCUAUAACGAUCACAGACUUUUUAUCCAAGUCCUAAAAUGUUAGUGACAAAGCUACACGUCACUCAGAGACUUGUUAAAGACCAAUGAACGCAUACCAAUGAGGUAUCAAGUUAAAGAACAGACAUGUUUAUUUUUAAAUGGAUGGAAACCUGAAAGUAAAUGGACAGGCACUUACCCUAAAAUAUUCUGAACUAUAACAUAUUAUAACUUAAACUAUCUCUUUUUAAAAAUGUACCCAGUGUCACAGAGGACAAUGAGUUUUUAUAGCAAAUUCUGCUGAAUUCUUUUUAUUACAAAACUAUUGCCUCGAUCCCAACGUUUUUCUUACCCUGCAUGUUCUGACACAAGUUUUAAAAAAGAAAAUCCGUGUAGAAAUAUUAAAAAAAAAUGAAUAAUAAAAUUGGCAGUUUAUUGUAAUGUUAAUUUUAAAAAAAUGUGUUAAAUCAUUGCUGCAGAACUAUGAUGACUUCUUUAUAUAUUGUUUCCAUAUAACCUGACAUUUGAACAAAUAAUUUGAUGUUUAUUUACUAAACGCAGAACUGUAUUGAAUUAGAAAUAUUUUUCCAACUCCGUUAUAACCACACAGGCUAUUAUAGCUAUAGAUUUUUAAAUUCAAUACAAUUUGCCGUUUAGUUUGUAAACCUCUCACUUGAGAUUGCUUGCAUGUUUACGCUGGUCAUUAAAGUGGUUCUGUCACUGUCUGGGGUUUUCUCAACGUUUGCAAAGACCCCUGACGGUGACGGCUCUGCUUGGUGUCCACAGGGGAAGGUGAGUUUACUUACCUGAGCCUGUUCCUGUGUGGCCGCCACUAUGGUCUUCCUGCCGGUCCUCUUUAGAUGCCUGGUGCCCACGUCAGUGUUGUAACUCUCGCAAAUGCGCAAGACUAAAUCACUGACUAUGCGUUAGUCCAUAGGAUACUCCAUAGACAGCCUUUUCCCCCAAAGCUACUAGUGACGGCUGGGGAAUGACAAAACUUGACAAAAGUCGCUCAGCUAGAAUUUCAGUAAAACUUCCAAUUCAGUCGAAGUGAGUAUUUCAUAGAGAUUUUGACAGCAGCCAAAACAAUCAGGUGCACUAUAGAUAUAUAUGACUUCAAUAAAGUGAAUUGUAUACAGACCUGACUUCUCAAUGUCUUUUACAUCACAUUAAAAGCAUCACUUUCUUGAAGGGGAAAGGAGACACAAAAAUGUUUACUCUCAAGAAACUGUUUCUUAAGAUUGUUUUAACUUUCCUGUUUCUGGUCCAGCUAUUUUCCAUAUUAAACACAAGUUAGUGGUAAUAUAUGCAUGGUACAAUUAUUUUUAUAUUUUAUGUUUGAAAUUCCUUCCAACCACUAAAGUCUAUAAUGUCAGGAAUUCAAAGUGAAUUUCACAGGGAAUACUUAUAAUUAAAGAAAUGUGUUUUAAAGGAACACUCCAAACACCAUAGUCACUACAGCCUUCUGCAGUGUUUAUGGUGCCAGGAGUGCUCUGCUGCCCUCGCAGGGUGGUCUGACUACUUACCUUGGGUUUACCAGGUGCCUGUCACUGUCGUGCAGCGCGAGCUCGUUGGCUGGGUGUGUCAAUCGAGGCUUAUUUCAGUGGCUGAGGUGGGGGCGGGCACCUAGGGGGGGCCUAGGUAUGUUCUUAAACGGUUUGGGCACUCCUGGCAUCUGCAGGCUUCAGUGGUUAUGGUGCUUGGAGUUUUAUUUUGUUUUUUUAAAGCCUGGAAAAGCAGCAAAUGUCAGUGGAAUUAGUGGAAUUUUGUGGAUAGUUGAAAAAGAAGAAAUAUGAAAGCAGAUUUAAUCUAAGUUCCUGACUUUCAUCUCUGUGCUAAGUUUGCAACAGGGUUUGUGGCUCUCAAAGCGUGUUUACUGGCUUAUUUCAGUAUUAUUACUAUGCUGCAAAUCAAUGUAGUGGGACAGGAGCCAGACAAUUCAGAGUUUAGUAAAUCCCACAACACACAAAAUGUUUCCAGUGAUAAGUUCCACACCAAAGCAAAAAAGGCAACCAACACCAGAUUCGCCAGUAGUACGUCUUUAAACCAUCCCCCAAAAUGAAGCGAAACGCAGCUUUCUCAGCCCGAGCUCAUGUGGCAGGUAUCGAGGUAAAAAUAGAUUCCUGUUAAAUCCUGUCUGUUUAACAUGUGGUUGGUCUCAAUCAAUGAUCCUGGUGUUAAUCACGCUUUCCCCCCACUCUUAUUAAUUUAUAAAUAUAUUGGAGUGACACAGCGAGCAUCCGUGAGAAUGUAUUAAACGGCAACCUCUGGCAAGUAAGAUCUUCCAACCGCAAAAUGUGGAAUUCACAACUAAACUCUGGAACCAAGUUACAACGUACUUUAUUCCACAAUAUUAUAACGUCUAAAGAAAAAAAUGAUUUGUGAAGACUGGGGCGUUAGGCCUGGAGUGGGCAGCCCGUUCUUCAAAUUUGUACAUAACCCGUAUGUAGAAUUGUAUAUUAUACAUUAUUGUAAAACAAAAAAAAAAAGGAAAAAUAAAAAUAUUGUAAUGUACCUGUGCCCACUUAUUUCUAAUCCAAAUCAUGCCAUCAACUUUUAUGUACAGUAAACGAUAAUAACCGUUAAAA